UAUGUCUCUGGAGAAUCCAGAUGGGUUAAGAGUUAAAGUCCUCAGGAUCAUUCACUUUAUAUGUGAGUGAGUGCUAAGUAAAACAACAGCCAGGCAGAGACAGUGAAGGAGGCAGACUGGCUGACUCUUUCUUGCUCUUGAGUAGUCCCAACUUGACUCUCCCUGGAGGUGAAUCCCUUCUCUGCAGAUGCUGUGAGUGUUUUUUCCAAACAUGAAGGUGUUAAUGUUCAUUUUGGUGUUGUUUAUGGAAAGUUUUCAAGCUUAUUCCAGUCCUUUCCAAGAGGUUAAUUGCCUUUGGCAUCCCUAUGGUUCCUGGUCAGAAUGUGAUGGCUGCACAAAGACUCAGAUACGAAGGCGGGUCAUAGCAGUUUAUGGGCAAUAUGGUGGCCAGCCGUGUGUUGGGAAUGCUUUUGAAAUACAAGCAUGUGUACCUACAAGGGGAUGCCCAGCAGAAGAUGGCUGUGGGGAGCUUUUCAGGUGUUCCUCAGGUCAGUGUCUUAGCAACUCAUUGGUUUGUAACAGAGACCGAGAUUGUGAAGAUGGCAGUGAUGAAGAUGUAUGUGAGAUCCCUGAAGGCAAGCCUUUGUGUGAUGUUGAUAGACCUCCUCCUCAUGUAGAAUAUACUGGAGCAGGGUUUAAUGUAUUAACUGGCCAGAUAAAGGACACAGUUAUCAACACAAAAAGUUUUGGAGGUCAGUGUAGAAAGGUGUUCAGUGGUGAUCAGAAAGACUACUACCGGCUGAGUGCGAGUGUCCUCUCCUACACAUUUCAGGUGAAAGUAGACAAUGAUUUCAGUUAUGAAUUUUACAAUAGUAGUUGGUCUUAUAUCAAGCAUCAGGAGACUCAUUUUACAUCAAAUAGUGGAUACAAGCAUGACUCACGUAAAAAUGAAAAUCAAAAUGAAAAGAGUUAUCAACUGAUGGUUAUCCAGAACAGUGUUGAAGUAGCUCAGUUCAUUAAUAACCAACCAGAAUUUUUAACUCUUGCUGAGUUCUUUUGGAAAGAUCUCUUUCGCCUCCCUUCUCUAUAUGACUAUAGUUCAUACCGAAGAAUAAUUGAAUUGUAUGGGACUCAUUAUCUGCAGUCUGGGUCUCUAGGAGGAGAGUACAAAGUUCUCUUUUAUGUGGACACAGACAGAAUGAAGCAACAAGAUUUUAGCUUACUAGCCAUGCGGGAAUGUACCUCAAAAAAUUACAAUUUUAUUUUUGUUAAAGUAUCUAAGCAGAAAUGCAAGGAACUUAUUGAGUUAUUAAAGUUGGCUUCAGGAGCGAAAAACAACUUGCUCCGUGGUAAUGCAGUUGUCAAGGGAGGAAGUCCAGCUUUGGUAGCUGGUCUUAGUUAUAUAAAUAUAGAUGAUCCUGCUGGAAAUAAAGCCCGGUAUGCUUCAUGGGCUGCAACUGUGGGGCAGUAUCCCCAAAUAAUAAAACAAAAGCUCGCACCUCUGUAUGAGCUCGUGAAGGAGGUUCCCUGUGCAUCAGUCAAAAGGUUAUAUCUGAAGAGAGCCAUUGAGGAGUAUCUGGCAGAAUUUGACUCUUGCCAUUGCAGACCUUGUAAAAAUGGUGGCUUGGCAGCAGUUGUGGGAACCCAGUGUCAAUGCUACUGCAAACCAUACACAUUUGGUGUAGCAUGCGAGUACGGAUUGCUUGCCGAAGGUCAAGAAGGAAUUGUUGAUGGAGGAUGGAGUUGCUGGUCUCCUUGGAGCUGUAUGGCAGGGAGGAAAGAAAGGAGACGAAGCUGUGAUAAUCCACGUCCUAGUGGAGGUGGCAAAUCAUGUAUUGGAGAAGCAUUUGAAACACAGCCCUGCGAAAAUGAAGAGUUAGAGCAUUUUCGCUUGAUAGAACCGCAUUGUUUUGAUAUGUCUGGAGUCUUCGUAGCUUCCUGCCCACCACCACCUUCCUUGGAAAAUGGAUUUGUUCAAGAUACAGGUCCAUCAUUUCCAGUUGGAAGAACUGUGGUUUAUACAUGCCAGGAGGGAUAUGCUCUUGUUGGGGACCCUGUUGCCAAAUGUGGAGAGGAUUUAACUUGGCUUGUUGGGGAAAAGCAUUGCCAGAAAAUAGGCUGUGUCUUGCCAGCCUUGGAAGAAGGUCUGCAAAGUGAUUCCCAGAAACCUUUCUAUGAGGUUGGAGAUAAGGUAACCUUGGCCUGCUCAGGGGGCAUGAUAUUGGAAGGCCCAUCUCUAUUCUCAUGUGGCUCCAGUCUAAAGUGGUGGCCCGAUAUGAAUUCACAUUGCAGAUUAAAAGCCACUGAGAAACCAGCAUUGAUGGCGCAACCAUGCCAACCCUGGGAGAAGCUGCAGAACUCUAGAUGUGUUUGUAAAAUGCCUUAUGAAUGUGGACCUUCUUUGGAUAUCUGUGCCCAAGAUGGGAGAACAAAAAGGAUUGUAGCCUUGACGGUUUGCAAGCUGCAUGUACUUGAGUGUAUGGGGAGAAGUUAUACUCUUACUAAUAGUGGGAGCUGCACUCUACCUGCUCUAGCUGAGAAAACAUGUGGGACAUGUUCUCUAUGGGAAAAAUGCAAUGUUCAGAUAAAUAAAUGUGUGUGCCGAGAAUCAGCAGCAAAUUGUGUGGAAGGAGGACUCAACAUUUGCGUGGAAGUGGAUGGGAGUGAGCAGACCAUGACUGAAUGUGAAGCUGGUGUCCUUAGAUGCCAAGGCCAUAGCAUCUCAGUUAUCAGCAUAAGGCCCUGUGGUGCAUAGAGCAAACAGGUGCCAUUGACUUGCUCAGUACUUAACCGGGAGACCUCUCCAAAUCUUUCCUGUAGCCAUUUGGGCAACCUUUUAGACUUAGAGCUAUGUUCCUGCCUCUCUCACUCAUUCUCUCUCCCUGCUAUGCCACCCAACAAUGCAGCCAUAAAUAUAGCAUAAAUAUUUCAUUCUCCAAAAUAUACUUCAGGGAUUCUUCGUUUUCACUUUACAACAGACCACAUCAAUUAAUCAAUCAAAUAAGCAUUAUUAAACACUUAUUAUAUACCAGAUACUAUGCUAAGUUCUGGGAAAUCAAAACAGGUGAAACCAGUCCCUGACCCAAGUAGCUUACAUCCUAACGGGGAGACAAAUUUAUAUAAGUAGGUACAUACAAAACAUAUACAUGGAGAAGGAAAUUAAUCUUAGAGGGGAAAUAAAGAAUCAUUCCAUUCUCUGCCACCCAGGAAUUUAUGUUCUACUGGGGACAAAUUGUUUACAAACCACUGAUAAAACACAUUAUGCAAAUUGUCAGGAAAACAACAACCCACAACUGCUUGAUUUAGACAAGUGGAGGCUGAUGGAGGCCUGUGAAUGCCCCCCUCCCCCGUCCCCCCAAAAGUAUAAUUACUGCUCUUCAAUGCAGUAAACUUGCUUCCAAUUUACCUUAUUUAAUCAACCCUAGACUCUCUUCUUGUCAGGAGCCUAAAGUGUUGAAAGGUCAGGGUAUUAUAUAUUUUAUCAUAGUGAAAGGAGCUAUCUUUCAGUUUUUUAAAUGAAUCAAUCCUUCAUGUCAAUCCUUAAAAAAGAGUAUUUUACUAAUCACUUCUUAUGUUCCAGGAUUUCUUUCAAGCAUCAAAGACACAAAGACAAAAGCAAGAAGGUGCCUGUCCUCAAGGAGUUAUAAUAACUAUAUUAUAUGUAAUAACUGUAUUAUAACUAAAAGUUGUAAUAGAGACAAAAUGUGCAUAUAUGAAUAUAUUUAAAUUGCAUAUAAGUGAGAUGCAAAGUAACCUUGAAUUUGUUGUUCAGUCACAUCCUACUCUUUGUGACCCUAUUUGGGGUUUUCUUGGCAAACAUACUGGAAUGAUUUGUCAUUUCCUUCUCAAGCUCAUUUUACAGAUGUAGAAAUUGAAGCAAAGAGGGCUAAGUGACUUGCUCAGGGUCACAUAGCUAGUAAGUUAUCUGAGGCCUGAUUUGAACUCAGGAAGAUGAGUCUUCCUUACUUGAGGCCUGGCAUUUUCCUCACUUUGCCACUUAGGUACCCCUAGAUUCCUCUUUUUUCUUUUGGUGAGGCAAUUGGGGUUAAGUGAUCUGCACAGGGUCACACAGCUAGUAAGUUUCAAGUGUCUGAGGCUGGAUUUGAACUCAGGUCCUCUUGACUCCAGGGCAGGCGUUCCUUCCACUGUACCACCCAGCUCCCCCCCCCCCCCCAGAUUCCUCUUGAAGGGGAAGGUACUAACAGCUUGGUGGACCCAGCAGGGCUUCAUUAAGGUCUUUCUCAUAAAGUUGUUUCUUUAUUACUCUUCUCUUGAUAUGGAUCAAAGGGAGCCCCUUUAUUCAUAGUUUUGAGGAAAUUCAUGCACAUUGGAAAGACUGAAUAAGUUUCACAAAGUAACAUGUUCCCAACUGAUUUUUUUUUAUUCUGAUGUAUGCAUAUCCAUAUCCUUUUCAUAGGAUUUGAGGCAAAGUUGUUGGAAGAUUUGGCUCUAUCCAUCUCUUUCUAUUUUUUUCUUUCUCACCUUCAACAUGGAAACAGAAAAAGCAGGUGUGGGUAGUAGAUUGAGUGGGAUUAAAACAAUAUGAAAUGGAUUUUUAUAUACAUACAACUCUAUUCUUUUGUUCUUGAUAAAGAAAUUGCAAUGAAAUUGCCACAGUUCUUAACUAUAAUUGUUUUAAAACUUGUAUAAAAGAGAAUAUUCUUAAAUUCUAAAUAAAUGAGAAAAAAAGAAUAUUCUUUAGCAUUGUUUAAUUAGUGCUCGGAAAGGUUUACCUUUAGAGAAACUUCACAAGGUUAUAUGUGUGUGCAUGUACGUAUAAUUAAUGCAUUCUUCUUAUCUUAAAUUUUAUAUGAAACCUAAUCAUGUUUAUAUUUUUUUUUAAAGAGAGGGAGUACUUAAAAACUUUUAUUGAUACCUUUUUUCUUUUUACAUUUGAGUAAUUUCUGUGUACACUCCUUUUCCUGCCAGUCUCCCCUCUCCCUUAGACCUCUUUUGAAACAAAGAAAAAACAGCUAAGCAAAAUGUAUCUGAAAGCGUGGGUGACAUUUCACGACUGUUCAUUUAAAGGUGGAGAGGAGGCUAUAUUUCCUCAUUUUUUCUCUGAGGUCAAGAUUGGUCAUUAUAAUAAUUAUAUUCAACUUGGUUUUAUUGUUACUUUAAUUUACAUUGUAAUCAUAGUGUAUCUUGUUUUCCUGAUUCUACUUACUUUGCCCUACCUUAGUUCAUGUCUUUUUAUAUUUCUCUGAAUUACUUAUUUAGUCUUUUUAUUAUAAUAUUACAUCAUAUUCACAUUCAAUCUAUUUUUUAGAUAUUCCCAAAUCAAUGGAUACCCACUUUAAUUCUAAUGCUUUGCUCUCACAAAAGUGAUGAUACCUAUUGUUUGAUAUAUUUGAGACUGUUUCUGUCUUUAACCUUUGGUAGGAGUAUUAGGAUAACACUUCUUUCCAUACAGGCUAGAUUGAGGUAGACUAAAAGGUAUUAAGACAUUCCCUGAGACUUGCUUGGCACAGGGGACUAAGAGCUCAGACAGUAGAUAACACUUCCUCAUCACCAGGGUAUGAAGCAGUCAUAAGGAGUUAGAAGGGCUAAGAUGCUUGGGUAGUGAAUGAUAAUGAGAGCUUCAUUCAGCUCAGUUAACCCAAAGGAUUCUCAAUUUCUAUUCUCAUCGAAUAUUCUUAUCCUACUAUUGUUAAAUAAAUCUGAUAAAUAACCUA